AUUUUCAAAAUUAUGGUGCAUAAUGCACACAAAAAAUGAAAUCUCAUGAUGAAAUGGUACAAUACCUGUUGAGUUGUGAUAGUAUAUGCAUUCAAUUUUUUACAUUCGGUAGUUGAGUUCACUAAGGUGCUAACUAGGUUAAAUGUGAAAUUACUAAACUGCAAUUUGUCAUAUUAAUCACAUUCCAUUUUCAAAUGCAUUUUCGGGCUAUGACCUUCUUCAGUAUUUCUGCGUGCUUAAUAUGUAUCCCUUUUGAUUCAAAUUCCAGUGUUUUUAAAUGUUAGUAAAUUUCAACAAAUUAAACUGUAAAUCUAAAUGUACAAUUUUAUUUUGAAAAAUCAUGUGUUGUUACAAAACUUGAAAGUGCAACAAAUGUCUGAUGCUUGGGUUUGGAUCCUACUGGUAACUUAUCGAGUAUGGUCUAAUGAAUUAAAAUUAUUUAAAAAAAAUAAAGUCCUUUUUAAAGAGUGAGAGGUAUUUGUGAAUAAUGCCAGAGUUUAAAUUCAAUAGGGUUAAGCUCAAAGUCUAUAAAUUAACACAAAGCCUAUAAAUUAACAAAAACUCCAGUUUUUGUUUCCUUUCUUUAGUAAAUAUGUUUUUAUUAAUGAUGGGAAGUUAAUGAUAGUGGGAAGUUAAGGUUUUAUACCAACUCUAAAAAUCUUAUCAAGAAAAGAAUAUUUUUAAGUAGCUUGUUUGAAACAGAUGAAAAUCUUGUCUGUUUGUGAGCAUGAAUUCAAGGAGCAAAUCAAUUUAGUUUCUUGAGUACUGAAAUUCUUUAAAUGACUUAGUUACAUAUGAGGGUUUUUUUGAAGUUUCUGUCUCUAAUCUCAAACAUGAUUUUGUAUACCAUGUUUGGUUUUCUUUCAACAAGCCAGAAACAAAAUUAAGUACUGCAGUUAUGAUACUGAGCAUAGACUCUGCGUUCUUCGUAGGAGCGCUUACUGUGAAAGAUAACUGAUUUUCCUGAACUGCAGCACCUUUCUCCUCAAAACUCUUCAGUGAUUGAAUAUUAAAAGAAAAUAGAUUAAAUAGCUUCUGAAUAAGUAUUUCUCAGUCACUUCAGGAACUCUGCUGUGUGAUUCUGGAAACUGGCAUUCUGUACUAAUCUGCAAGAGCAAAGGUGGGUCUUAAAAUUUUUUUAUUGUAUGUAUUAUUAAAGAUUUUGCCCAUUUCCAGAAACACUUAAGACUUAUAAUGGAAUACCUGUAUUGAAAACAAGCAUACAGUUGAUACUGAUUCUGUUGGGUACUUAAAGUAACAAGGUUAGCCUAAUGUAGUAGUAGUUUUCAUAAUAGUGCGUAAUAAGAUUCCCACACACACACUUUCACUUAACAGUGCUGCUAGUGAGUCUUGCCCAGCUGCAUUCACAGCUGUGAAAAUCAAGAUGGCUAGGAGAAAUUUGAUAUUUUAACAGUGUAAGAAAACUGAGGUCAGUCCUUAUAAGUCAAGUAUUCAGAAUACAUCCCGGUUUUAUCUACAGGGUUAUACCUCUUGCUAGAGUUGCACCAAGCUUACUUAGAUGUGGUAUAACUUUCACAUUAUGCUCUUACAUUAUUUGCACCAUUGAAAUGGUUAGGUUUACAGCUCUCUAUUCUUAAGUACCAUGAGUGUUGCACAUCAGCCUUUGAAGCUGGUGUCCAUGUCAGGGGAGGAAUCCUUUUCAUAAUCCUAAGAGUUUUUUUUUCCAGAUGUACCCCAUGUCUGACACUCCUGCUUGCAUGGUUAUGAAGAUCAUCCAUCUAGUGCAAUUUCUAAUAGAGUAAUGCUGCAAGGAGUAACUGGCACUCAGCUGUUGUGGAACUGUGUGAUUCUGAUGUUGUUUCAUAGCAUUGGUUCAAGUUUUGCAUCACCAACUCAGCGUGUUUUAGAAAAAAGUGAAGUGGCACCCAGCAAACUUAAAGUGAAACUGAAAGAUGCAUCAGAAGCUCUUGUAAACUUCUUCACUCCAGUGACAUGCCGUCACAAAGACAAGCAAGCCUUAAUUCCUUGUCGUGUAGGAGAGAGCAUUAACGCAACAGAAUGCUUGGAAAAUAAAUGUUGUCCUUCCAAAACCAGCCAUGAACUGAAAUGUUAUACCCCAUUUAAAGACAAUCUGCAGCUGACGUUUCGAUUGUUUGUGCUUGGAGCAGGAGGACUUUUUAUUUUGGGGCUUCUACCAUUUUGUUGCUGUGCCUGUUUGCAGAGGAGUCAAUGUUUCAAUCCUCUACGAAGUGCGAGUAAAGAAGUAGAACAAAUUGUGCAGAAGAAAAGAGCGCGUAGUGAAAAUAAUCAUGGCUUUUUAUCGGAUUUACUUAAGAAAAUCUCCAAGGACCGUAAGAGCAAGAAGAAAGGUAAACUAAACUGUUCUUGAAGUAUCCUUUUGUCCUUUCAGUUUAGUAUUGUUGUUUUACCAUCAAUUCUAUAUAAAGUAGUAGAUGUAUACAAUACUAAAUAUCUGUUGGCCCCCAGUCUGGCAGAUUUUGUCAAAAUGCACUGUUUAUCAGGGAUCACCCUCAGUUUCAGCUAUGAGAGACAUAAUGAGUCUGCAAGAAUUUGAUUCCUGUCCUGAGAUGCUGAAUGGCACCAGAGCAAGCUAUGGCCAAUAUUAAUUUGGCAAAAUUGUAAACAGGUCCCUAAAACUAAUUAGACCCAUGUUUAGCGUGUGUUUUUUCUUUUUGGUGUAGAGGAACAUCCAGCUGAUCUUGAAGACCUCAAGCAGGACAAGGACACCAGGCUUACUUGAGUACACCCUAGAAAAUGAGGCAUUUUUUCUAGUGUCAAAUGAAUAUAACAUUGUCACCCUUUGAUAUUGCUAUUGAUUUUUGCACUAAGAAGUUCUUCAUUCUUAGUUCUUCAUACUUGCACCAUAUCUUCUGUAAAAGACAAGUAAUGCUAAAAGGCAGAAAUUGCUUUUGGCAGUUCCUGAAUGCUGAAGCCAGUCUUCUAUUAUUAAUAUAGCAUCCCAGUGGAGGGCAAAUAAGGAUACUAGUUAAGUGACUGUCCCAGUUGAUAGGUCAAUCUUAGAAUAUUGUCUGGAUUAAGAGAAGGUAGUUGUCAUUCAUUAAAUCAGUAGUGAGUGGCAAGCUUACUUUGCUUCAGUAUUGGAUGCCACCAUAGCAGAGUGGUACUACUAAUAUUAAUGAGGUAAAUGGCUAAUCCUUUACCAGGCUGCAGAGGCUUUAGGCAAUCUGUUGGGCAGUUGCAUUAGAGAAUGUCAAUGGAAAUCAAUAUCACUCAUAAUGAUGCAAUCACUGGUUCUUUUUCUUUGGGUCUGUGAAAUCCAUGUAGCAUAAUUUUCAAGAAUUAGAACUGGGAGGAAUGGAGCUUUACUGCUAACCUAGAGAAUAAAUAUUAUGAGUGAUUCUUAGAAACUCUGUACUUGCAGGAUUCCCUAUUUAAUAAAAUUUUGUCUUAGUUACAUCAAUCCUAAAAUAGACAUCGCUUAAGACCCAAGUGUAAUGGGGUGGAGUAUGUCUCGAGAAAUUGUCAGAGAUGUUACUGGUGGUCAAAUAUAACUACAUGCGAAAGCUUUAGAGCUCAACAUUGCAAUCAUUGCCAGUACCAUCAUAUCAGACAUGAUUUAGGUAUUAAUUUUGUAAGCAAAAGAAUCUGUGAUGUUUUUGAUGAGGAGGCGCAGAAUGAUGGAGACUGAAUAAGGCUGUUUGCCUUCCAAAUCUGGUGUGUGUUUGCUGGUGCUUGAUGUUAUUUUUAUGAAUUGUGAAGUGUGUCUAUAGGCAUAUUGACAAAGAUGAAAACAAUUUCCUGCUACAUGAAUUUGGGGGCACUGUCACAGCUGAAAUCUGCAUGUGACAAACCGCAUAGAUCCUCAUGGCUGGUGAUUAUAAAGAAAGAGUUGUGCUCUGGAGAAAGUUAGGCUUUCAUAUGGUGCUUCAUUAUUUUGAUUGAAGGGUAAUAAAUUCCUUUUGUUUACAUGUCAUUGACAGCACAACUGCUUUCAAUAUUGUGUAACAUUCUGACAAAGGGAGACAUGCUGAUGAAACAACUAUAUUUAACAGCAAGCAAUCAGUGCAUCUGCAGUAACAGUGGCAGCAUCAGAUGAAAAUGAGCAUAAGCAAAAUAUAUGCACUGUAAGAGGAGAAGGGAAGAUAAAAAAAGGACACAGCAAGGCUUAUGUUAUCCCUACUGAGGGAACAGGCAAGAGCACAGUGCAUUGACUAGGCCCUACCCCUUUCCAUGUAGCAGCUACAUUGUAAAGAUGUUCUAAAGAGCCAGAAGUUUUGCAUUUUGAUUGGAGAAGUCAAAACAUCUCAUUUUAAAUCUUAAGUUCUAUACUAAUUUGACAGUUCAUUGGAUCGAUAGCUGUCCAGCAUCAGUAUUGCAUAAUAACUGCCAGUUGUGCCAAAAAUGUCAUAAUGUCCAUUUCAUUAUUACUGAGGGUCAGGAUUGUCACCUUAAGGUUACAUCGCUGAUAUUCACAGGUCUGAGAAUGAUGGUAUCUAUAUUGACUUCAUCACAUGAAAGCAGACAUUUUGAUCGACUGCUUACUUCUACUAGUAAAUAUUCAGCAAAUUAAAAGUUCGACUACUCUUAUUUCUGUAUAAUCUGUCUGAUUAUGACUUUAUCUUUUUGGGUUUGAUCUCCUGGACCCCAGUGUACUACAGAACAAUUUCAAUGUGGGGUUACUCCAGGCCUACCUGGAACAUAUGUUUUCCCAAGUGCCUAAACUGCUGGUAUAUAUCUUGUGUACCAAGCUAUGUGUUUGAGCCACACUCAGUUUCCCUUUGUCUGUUCUAUCCCUUCGAAGAACUGGAUUAGGGGCCAGGUCAGCCAGGAGAAGCAUAAGCAUCCCUACAAGGCCCCCAGAGCCUUUGUGAUUAGUGACAGAAGCUGUCUUGCAUGGCGUGCUGUUUCUCAGCUCCAUUUGUGGGCCAGGCCAGCAGAAGAGACCUUCCAGUCCCAGAGAGACCUUCAGUACUAACAUCAGGGACCACAAGAUGGUGCUGCAGGAAAACAUUUUUCCCUCAGUGGUUUUGGUUUCUGGAGAACUUUAUUGAUUUUUACCUUUUACAGUGUGGUUCAUCAAGUCAUAAGAACGCAGAUACUGUACAACAGAGCACUGGUCACUCUGUAAAAAAGACAACAUAAUACAGCAUAUGAUGACAAGGCUUUAGAAGACUUACAAGAUAUACAAACCAUUGCUUGUGGCUUUAGGUCUGCUCUCUCUUCUAUCAAACUGAUAUGGAAUGAAACAAAAGAGCUCUCAGUGGAACAUCUCUCCUUAUCUUCACAACGAUUAAACAAAUACAAAGCAAAGCAAUCUGCCUCAUUGUACCUGUGUCCAAGACUGGAUGCAGUCAUCUUAAGAGAUGGGAGCUCUGAGAGGGCUUCAGCACCAGUACACUCUUUCAUCACGUCACCCAGAGCCUACACCAUAUCUGAUGGCAGAGAGUGGGUCUUACUUUCUGUUCCCUCUGAAAUCCACACUUGUAACCACAUUUUGUAAUGUAAGAAGAGAGAAUUGAAGAGAUUUUUGAAAGCUUUAAAGCAACAUGAAAUGGCUACAUUACACCACAGGCAACUGUGGCAAUAUCUGGUACUUUUUCCUCUGUCUGUUUUUCAGAAGGCUUUCAAAGUCAGCAAAAUUGAACUUAAAUAUGAGGAAUGAAACUCAAGCUUCUCAGAGUUAUGGUGAGAGAACAGAUUUGAACCCUAAAGAUCAAAAACCCAAAACCAAAUACAAAUUCGUAUUUAAGCAAAAAUCCUUGUGAUUAGGGAACACAUCUCAUAUUUUUGAAGGCUUGAUGUUCAGUUCUGAAAUAAUUUUUAUCUAGCUGAGCUUCAUGCAAGGCCAGGUAGAGUAGGUAAAGCGGGAGAAUGUACUUCAUUGCUCAAUAAAUAUUUUUUCUAGCUUGUCUCUGCAAAAGGAAUGCAAAUUUGAAGUGAUAUGGGUUUUUUGAUCCUUUACCAACCUCUAGACUUGGAUGCACAGCUAAAAUGAAGUGCAAAGGUUCCCCUGGAAAAAGUGUUUUAUGUUCCUCUGCUCAGUCUCAGUGGAGUGAGUGGCUCUGUCCAAAUCAGUUUUGCUCCUGGUCUUUCUGCCCCAAGACUGUUUUUGUUCUCACAAAACAUUAGAAAAAUAAAAAAUGGUU